AUGACUUCGACCAAAACCAUCGCCUUCAUCGGUGCUAGUACUGGAGUUGGCUUGUCGGCACUCAAGCACGCCCUCGCCGCUGGCUACCAAUGUACAGCGCUCUGCCGAGUGCCCUCAAAGCUCUCCUCCGUAUUUCCAUCGGAGUCAAACCCCAACUUAAAGAUUAUCGAGGGAAAUGCGCUUGAUAUCAAAGCCGUCUCGCAGUGUCUGGACGCAGGAAACGGGAAGCUCGUCGACUUCAUCGUUUCCACGAUUGGCAGCCGGCCAGUAUGGGUUAAAUGGAAAAUGUCCAUCGAAGACCCGACCGUCUGUCAAAAUGCAAUGGCGAAUGUCCUUGAAUCUCUUGCUCAACUUCGAAAUGCGGGCCUCACCGGCAACCCACACAUUAUCCCUUUCAGCACGACUGGAAUGUCGAAAUAUGGUCGCGAUUACCCCAUCGUGUUGGCAUUUUUCUACCUCGUGCUUCUCAAAGUCCCCCACGAGGACAAGCGAGCGAUGGAAGACAAGCUCAUUGACAGUGGUGAAUCGUAUACGAUCGUUCGUGGAAGUCUCUUGACCAAUGGCGAGACUACCAGGACGGUUCAGGUUGGCAUUGAGGACCACAAAACUGGUCGGGAGUCGGAGGCUAUUGGAUAUACCAUCACCAGGGAAGAUGCAGGGAAGUGGGUUCUAGAAAAUCUUGUUUCUCAGCGGGAUGAGAAGUAUCAAAACAAGAUCCUGAUGAUAACGACUUGA